AUGUCAACCUACGCAGAGAGUACGGGGCCUUUGUUACAUUCUUCAACACGUAGCUCAUAUACACCGUCUAGCCCUUCGCUUUCAGAAUCUGGUACAGCGGUUGAAUCGAUUGCGCGAAGCCCAUCAACUAAAUGUGACGUCUUGCCUCAGUGCGGCCAGGUUUUCGACCGCCAUGACAGGCAAAAUCCGGAGAAAAACCUGGGGUUCCCAUGCCACGGUUGGCCUGCUCUUGUUAAAUUAAUGGCUGAAAGUCCCGGUUUUGAGUCUUUUCAAGUAUUCAGAGACCUCAAUAUCAAAAGUUUGCUCUACUAUCAAGCUGAACUGGUUAGUUUGAGGGAAAAGCUCCAUGAGGUUGAGUGGAAGGACCACCGCAGUGGCGAUUUCCAAUUUUCGGACGAGCUCUGCGCAAGAGUAGACUUCCUGAUAUCGACCGAUAGUGGGACUCUGAAAGCGAAGACCCAGUUAACUUUGAAGUUGGGAGACUUCAACGUGCGAGGCCCUGGCCAAAAGAGCUGGGGUGACCCAGCCGCACCCGAUCCGCAUAAGAGGACUAUCGGAGAGAACUUCGUACAUUUCUUACGGAGUGUGAGCAUCUUCUGGGUGGAACAGCCCAAGAAGAAUCACCCGGACCUUGUUGUCCCCUACCCUCGUAAAGAGACCGACGGACUCACCCGAUGGGUAGCCCAUGAUUGGAUCCCCUUUUGGCAUAGCUUCAAAGAUAAAUUUCGAAGGAACGGAGUACUCCCCACAACUUCCCCAGCUAGUGACGACGAGAAAAGACGGCCUUCAGAUACGUCUAGUGCGCCCACUCUUUCACAGCGGUUGUCGAACGUGAACAUAUUCGGAUGGAUGUCUCCACGAGAUCGCAAUGGUGGAAGGAUUCCUGAUGAACGACCAACUCUCGAAAAAUAUCAGAUCAGUGGUAUGCUCAAAUUUACAUCUUUCGUCACAACUAUUGCCGCUUGUCUACUUCCCAUUGUCGCCAUAGCAGUACUUGCAACCAUCAACAACGACCAGGCUAAAACGAUCGGUUUCAUUGCACUCUUUACCGGAGUUUUUGCAAUUGGUCUCAUGGUACUUACACCUUCAGCUACUUCGAGGACAGAGAUCUUUACUGCUACUGCCGCGUUUUCGGCGGUUCUAGUGGUGUUUGUGCAGAAUCAGGGUGCGUAA